AUGGAUAACUGUAUGAUUAGCGCAUUAUAUCAUCAAGCGUUGACCGGUCACAAAAGAAGUGACAAUGGUGUUACAUCAUCUCAAGUGUCAAAGGUAAUUGAGAGUGUAAAUAAUGUGUGUGGAGUUGUUGUGUCAGAAAAAAAUGUAAGGGGGCGUUUGAAGACUAUUAAGAAAGAAUAUGUUGAACUUCGUCAAUUAUUAAGUAUGAGUGGUUUUGGGUUGGAACCUAACACUGGACGUGUCACAGCCGAUGCAUUGGCUUGGGAGGAGUUUCUUAAGGGGAAACCAGAAUUUGGAAAGUGGAAGAACAAACUUUGUCCUCGGUAUGAUGAGUUGGAGGUUAUCCUUGGAAAUGAUGUUGCUACAGGACAGCGCUCAAUAGCCGGCAAUGACGAUAUCUCUCCCAUCCAUGUAGUAGAUGAAAGUGUAAAUGAGAUUGAUAGUCAAAGUGAAGCUACAAAUUCAAGCAAAAGAAAUGAUUCCAAGCGUAGCGCCGAAGGAGGAUCUAACAGAAGCCGGCGUAGACGUACCCAACCCGAUGACAGUAUUAUUGCCCUAUCGAGUAUUGCCGAAUCAUCAAAAAGAAUUGCCAAUGCUAUGGAGAUUCAAGCGACAUUAGAUACCAAAAAACAUAUAAAUUGGCAAUUAGUUUUAGAAAAAUUACAAGGCAUGAAGAUAGAUAGGCAUGAUAUAAUGCAAAUCAUGAAGAUAUUUCAAUCGGAUGAAAGUUUUGUGAGAAUCUUUAUGAGUUUGACUGAUGAAACAUUUAUGCGGGAUUGGGUUUUUGAGAAACUUGGCCGUGAUCCACCUCCGAUUAAUUAG